AACCAAAAAACCUUAAAUCCACACAAAAAAAUCCACCCAUUCACACAACUUCCUCCAAACUCCACUCCCCCUCUUGUCUCCCCCCCACCACGAUGAAAAAACUCCUGAACAAAACCACGAAACUAGUCGAGGACCACACUCCCACCUCCUCCCCAAAUUCCUCCAACCCGCAAAAGUCCACCCAACCCCCCGAACCCUUGACAAACUCGAAAAACUCCUCCGCCAUCACCUCCACCCAACCGAAUUCUUUGAUAGGAAAAACGUGUAAACUCCAAAACCACACGGUCACAAUCGACGAAGUGAUAGCCGAAGGCGGAUUCGGCGUCGUUUUCUUAGCGAAAAAUACCUCCUCGAAGAAAGAGUUUGCCUUUAAAAGGAUCGUCGUCAAUAAUGAAACGGAUUUCGGAGUGGCGGAGAAGGAAAUUCAGUUUUUGGCCACCCUCACGACAAAGCAGAACCCGCACCUGCUCCCCCUCCUCGACUACCAAAUAAACAAACUCACCUCGGACAUCACAGAGAUAAUUUCACUCACCCCAUUUUGCAAAUCCAGCUUGUUAAAUGUUCUCAACAAGGCCGUCGCUUCGAAAACGACACUCUCACCCCCCCAAAUCCUCCGGACCCUCUCCCAAAUAAUCCUCGGCGUGGAGACGAUGCACAACUUCACCCCAAACCAAAUAAUCCAUCGCGAUUUAAAAAUAGAAAACAUUCUCGAAAGCGGAUCCACGUUUAUAAUUUGUGAUUUUGGUUCCGCAACGAAUAAAAUAUGGGAUCCAGAAGUACAUUCCAUUCUCAAUAUCCAAGAAGAUUUAGAAAAAUACACAACCCUCGCGUAUCGGGCGCCCGAAAUGGUGGAUCUCUACUCGGGAAGAGGACCCAUCACCACCAAAAGUGAUAUUUGGGCCUUGGGGGUCUUGGUUUACAAGAUGUGCUACUUCACGACCCCCUUUGGCGACUCGAUCCUCGCGAUUCAAAAUGCAAAAAAAUUGGACUUUCCCCUGCAGCCGUCGUAUCCCCUGGAGCUGCAACUGCUAAUAAAUUACAUGCUCCUACCCGAUCAAACUAAUCGACCAGAUAUCAACCAGUUAUCAGAACUCGUUCACGCCAUGCUCGAAACGCCCAAUCCUCUUGGUAAACCGGCGAGUAGACCGUGGAAUUUCCAAGAAAUCUCGGAUCACUUUAAAAACUUAGCCACUGAAAUUAGUCCACCUGAUGCGGGUGGGGGUGGUGCGGGGGGGAAUAAAAAAAUGGCAGCUGUCGUGCUGGAAACGAGUGUGACGCCGAGACAACGGCCAAAAGCUAAUAACUCUUCGGUGGCGGUGGCGGCAGUGGAUAUUCCUGCGAAGGUCGUCGCUAUUAUUCCGCCUCCGAAAUCGCCGAAACCCGAGAGGAAGAUUAACGAGAAUGAGGGGGCCACCACCUCCCAAACGUCAUCCCCAUUUCCGACGACGGAUGAUUCCCUGCCGCCCGUCGUGGCCUCGUGGAAUCCCUUUGAAACGGACACCUUCACCUCUACAACCACCACCACCACGACGAAUUCUACUACUGACCCCACCGACGACCCCUUUGCGAACGCCCCAUUUGACUACUUUAAGUACGCGCCUGAUGGGAGGGACGGCCGCGACGACUCUCUGUUAAUGGACGUAGCUGGAAUGUCUCUAAAUCCAUUCCUCACCCCUUCUGAACCUAUUUUAUUAAGUAAUAAAAUGGAUAAUGCGGAAUUUGAACAAAACAAUAUCGUCGUCGUCACGAAAAAACCAAAAGGCGUGACGAAUUACUCGUUCGAAGAUUAAUGUGCGAUGCGUGCUACAUUCCUGUUUUUUGUGAUGCGUUUUGUGAUUUUUUUAUUAGCGUUGUUGUUAAAAGAAAGGUGCGAAUUUAGGAGGGAGAAGAGUUUUAGCAAUAAAUUAUAUUGGGUGGAAA